UGCUUCACUACGACAGUGGCAGCCUGGAGACCUUCGUUACUGUCACCACCGACUUUGGAACACAUGAAGACGAGGGGAGGGCCGCCAGUGAGGAGGAGGAAGAGGGGGAGGAGGAGGGCGGUGCUGUGAGGAAUGGUUUAGGGAGAGUGGGAGGGGUGAAAGCACAUGGGCAUAGUGAAGGGGGUGGAGGAAAGAAGGGUGGUGGGGAGAGAAAAAGCACUGCAUUGCAGAUAGCCAAGGGUAGCUGCAGGAAAAAAGGGAAGAGUGGAGGGAGGCAGCAGAUACGCAGGAGGAAGAAGUCGGGAGAAAAGGGGAAGGACCUGAAAAGGAAAAAGCGGCAUGGAAAAUAG